AUUUUGCAGGAAGAUGGAAUUUACUGCGCCAAUUGUUUCUCGUGCUGUAACACUAUUUGGCAGCGGAAGAAGAGGGGAAGGUUUUUGGCCAUAGAAUCGGUGUUGCCAUCAAACGGAGACUGGCUUGGCACAGGGGACAAACGGGAGACGAAAAUAUCCUUCAUAUCUUGCUAUAAUUUCACAAUAAAGCGGGUCUUCGCAGAGACCUGACGUGACCGUCAUCCCUGAACAGAGCCAUCCGCCUGCUCCGAAGUCAGUCCUUAACCAUCAUUGGGCAAUCUGGGUUGAAUAUUAUAACCAGUCCCUAUCCCUUUUUUCAGCUUUCACUGGGUAUCAUAGAUAGACACUUUACUUUUUAACUCCCUCCCUCCCACUGGGCAAAAACUGGUUGAAUAAAAGUUGUUUCCUCAUCAUUUCAACCCCCAAAACAGAAUAUGUUGACGUUGAAUCAACGUGGAGAAAUAAUUGGAUUUGCAAAAAGUCAUCAACAUAAGGGCAUUUCGUAAUUUUUUUCACCUAACUUUUAACCUAAAUCCAAUGACAUGGUGACAUUUUUUUUGUUGAUUUCAUGUUCGUUGACAACUCAACCAAAUGCAAAUCAAAACUAGAUGUUGAACUGACGUCUGUGCCCAGUGGGCAGUUUCCAUUUUCUGAAUUGGUUGCCAUAUAGAUUUUCACUUUCUCACUUCCUCUGACUGGACCCACUGGAUUCUAUUAAGAUUUAUUCCCUGGCUGUUGUCCAUCUCUCUGGGCUAUAACAUAAAUCAUUAAUGUUUUCAUUACGUUCAUAUUUUUAGACCCCAGACUUGGUACCAUAGAUAUUUUCACCCUAGUCUGGCAGCUAGGCUGCUCCCCUAUAUGCUGAUGAAUGAAGACCCCAUUCAGGAAGAGCGCGCCGGGCCAGAGAUCCAGAGCUGAUGCAGGGCACUCAGGUGUUUCUGCAAAUAUGAAGAAAAAGAACUCCCACAAGAAACAAAAGAACAGCAUGGGCCCCAACAAGGCAGUGUCGUCGGCGCCGCGGCGGAACAUCGUGGGCUGUCGUAUUCAGCACAUCUGGAAGGAGGGGAGCGCUACAUCUCAGUCGCAGUGGAAAGGCACGGUGCUGGACCAGGUGCCCGUCAACCCCUCGCUCUACCUCAUCAAGUACGACGGCUUCGACUGUGUCUAUGGCCUGGAGCUGCAUAAAGAUGAGAGGGUACAGGGCCUCGAGGUGCUCCCUGACCGUCAAUCCUCUACGCGCAUCAGCGACGUCAACCUGGCUGACACGAUGAUAGGGAAGGCAGUGGAGCACAUGUUUGAGACAGAGGACGGAACUAAAGACGAGUGGAGGGGCAUGGUUCUGGCCCGGGCACCCAUCAUGAAUACCUGGUUCUUUAUCACCUACGAGAAAGACCCCGUCCUGUACAUGUACCAGCUCCUAGACGACUACAAGGAGGGAGACCUGAGGAUCAUGCCUGACUCAAAUGACGCUACGCCGGCGGAGCGGGAGCCGGGGGAGGUGGUGGACAGUCUGGUGGGGAAACAGGUUGAGUACGCUAAAGAGGAUGGCUCCAAACGAACUGGCAUGGUCAUCCACCAGGUGGAGGCCAAACCCUCCGUCUACUUCAUCAAGUUCGACGACGACUUCCACAUCUACGUCUACGACCUGGUCAAGACCUCCUAAGGGCCACCUUUGACCUCUGACCCCCUUUUCACACUACUGAGCCGAAUCGAGCAGUGCUGGUCUGUUUACGUGUCUAUCCGCCAUUGCUGAAAAGGACUAUGUGGGGGAAAAAUAUUUCAUAGCGAGCCAGUAUAGCCUGGUUCGGGACAGCACGGUUAGUGUGAGAAGGCUACUGGGUCGCUGGGCCCAGAGGACAGGAGGCCUGUCUGGGGAGUUAACGAUGGAUGCGGAGGUUGUGGGGAAACUCUACCAUGCAGGAAAGACGAUCAACCACCACCAUCACCACAUGGAACCUUAUCUUAUCCACCAAUUUUCCCAAAAUAUCUCUUCAACGUUUCGUGCAAAUGCUUCUUUGAGAUGUUACAGACAAACAGCUGGAUUGGAUAUAUCACUGAAGCCUUUGGAUUUCUACUCAUGAAACAUUUCUGAUAGCUCUAGUCAGAGAAGGAAAAAUGGGGCACUGUGCAUCUGAAUUAGCUGCCACAAUUUGUUUCUCCACUGUCUAUCCCCUGUAGUUGAGUGAUCCUAUGGAUACAUCCCAUCAAUCUCUAAGGGAAGGGACAGGGACAAGAUAUCAAGCAUUAUAUUUGCACACUGCAUAUAAAAUUGGUUGGCAUCUCAUUCAAUUGUUUUCUGUGAUUUGAUGACCAAGCCAGUCAUAGCAAUGUAUCUCCUAUAUAUGUGUGAGUGUAUGAGCUCUUGUGUUCAUUUGUUUUUUGUACAUGCAGUUCUGGAGUCCCCAUAUCUUACGGUGGUCAGUAACUACAGAACUUGGAUUUGUUUCAGUCUUGUAGAAUCAUUCAAACCCUGACUAUGAUUACAUUUGUUUCUUUGCGAUGUUGAAAGAUAUGCAACAACAUAUGCAGUGAGCAAAGAAAUGUGUGGAAGUUACGAGAGGGAGGUGACCAGUGUUUUUAAAGGAUGCUUUGGGAUUUUGGCAAUGAGGCCCCUCAUUUACUUCCCCAGAGUCAGAUGAAGUCGUGGAUACCAUGUGUAUGUCUCUGCGUGCAGUUUGAAGGAAGUUGCUAACUAGCGCUAAUGCAAAUGCUAACUAGCGUCAGCAUAAUGACUGGACGUCAUUGCCAAAAUCCCAAGGUAUCCCUUUGAUUCAAAUGUUUUAUUUUUUUUCCAAGAACUUGUUUACUUUAUACUGUAUUUAAUGUAUAUUCAUAGAAAAUGAUAGAACUAAAUCUGUAUCAAACUAUCACAGCACUAAUUUCAAAAAAUCUUCUUAGAAAACAGACGAUUUAAGAGCACUUGUUUGUUUGAGUUUUUUUGUCUGAAAGGACAAUUAUAUUUUGAUCAUCUCAACAACACUAUUCAAAAAUGGUUAACCAGUGAGAGCGUUAAUCUGUUGUCCUGAGAAAGAUUUUGUUUAAUAUGCCUUGCCAAAUCCCUCGACCCUUAUAAUUCAUUAUUCAUUCAUAAUAACAGCAAUAAUUAUUCAGAUAAUAAUUGUUUAUUGUUGUUCCUGUAUUCAUAUGUUUACAACAGUUUGUUUUGUUGGGAAAAUCUAUUUUCAUUACUUUUUUACUUAAUCAUCACAUUCUUCUUGACCUCUGUGUUAAACACACUUUCUGUUUAAUUGUUAUAGUAACAUUUUAGUAAACUGUUUUCUCAUGCCUUUUAAAAACUGAAGACGGUAUGGUAAAAGCACUGCAAAGUAAGACCAUUAUUUAGAAGUGAAAAUUCCAUACCAGCUCCUGAAAAGUGUUCUAAAUUCAGCAGUAACAGUACUAGAGUGAUUUUCAAAACAUUUUCACACAACUGUUAAUACACAAGAAGUAUUCAAAACUUUAAAAGCAACACCCACUUUAUGGAGUGCAUGAAAUAUUGUACUUGAGGAAAGGUUACUCGCCAUGAAAGACAUUUUUAUUGUGUGUGUGUGUGUGUGUGUGUGUAACCAAACUACAUGUUCCACCAGAUGACCUCUUAGUAUGCUCAUUUAGGGACGUUACCCCUGUUGUCAGAGAAACAGUGGGCAACUAAGUGGUCUAGAACCUCUAAGAUACAGAUGUUGUUAAUUAGUUAGUAACGUAAACGUUCCAUGUGACUGUAACUCCCAACACUCCACCCUUACUGCUUUCUCCAUGCCCUCCAUGACACUGAAGCAGUGUAUGUUCAGAUGCAGUCUCCGAAGAGGGGUAGUACUGUCCUUUACAGUAUUCUGCGUAGUAACAGAACAGAUGAGCUGUUGUGACUGAUUUUGAGAUUAAGUCCCUCUGUUAGAGGAGUAACUAAUGCUUACUCUAGAUUAUACACAAACCAUGACUGAAUGGUAGCUUUAGGGAUGGAUAGAAAAACCUGAGAGUAUGUAUAUCAGUUAUAAUAAAGAUUAUAAUUUUAAGACCGCAUACAGUAUAAAGCCCCUCUAUACCAGAAAAGCUACACACAAGUAAAUAUCUUCUAUAACCUGUUGUAUUCCAAGCCGCAAACUGAUUUGUGUUUUAUGCAAGAUGUCACCUUCAGAAAACAAUUGAAAGGGUUUGAUGAAUUGGCCUUUCACACUUGCCUACUGUAGUGUUGUACUGUGUUUGAUGUCAGUUCAUUGUGGGAUAGAAAAAAAGACCAUUUGUUUUGCAUGAGUAGCGAAAACAGAACUGUAAGUGGAAGUUAGUGUGAAAAGUGAGAUGCAUGUGUGUAUCUCUCAUUUUAUUUCAGUUUUUCUAUGUUCAAUGUGUUUCUUAUUGUGACAUUCCCUUUCAUUCCAUUUUCUUUGCAUUUCUAAAGAAAAACAGUCAUUUUUUUGUAUUCAAUUUUUUACCCUGCUGUAUGUGUUGUAUGUGGUGACAACAGAAUGGCCACAGGGUGGUGGUGUUACACAGUAUUUGAGGGAUUAUGUCUUUCACAUACAAAACUGAUGUUGUCCAAAAUAAUUAUUUAUAUGUAUCUCUUUUGAGUGCCACAAGGAAAAUAUGAACUCAAAGAAAAAGGCCUUAUGAAAUUGGUAGGGGUGGGGAAAUGUUUAUAUAUAAAUAUAGUAUACAUAUAUAUGGUGUGUAAGUGUAUGCAUGUGUGUGGAUGUAUAAGGUAGGUAGCACAUUUUAGUUUACAUAUCCGAGGAAUAAAUCAUGUACAUAGACAUUUUUCAGAAAAAUACACUACAAAAGUAUGUGGACACCCCUUCAAGUUAGUGGAUUCAGCUAUUUAAUCCACACAGGUUGCUGACAGGUGUAUAAAAUAGAGCACAAAGCAAUGCAAUCUCCAUAGACAAACAUUGGCAGUAGAAUGGCCCAUACUGAAGAGCUCAGUGAUUUUAAAUGUGUUACUGUCAUGUGAUGCCACAUUUCUAAGUCAGUUUGUCAAAUUCUGGCCAUGCAAGAGCUGCCCCGGUCAACUGUAAGUGCUGUUGUGAAUUGGAAACGUUUAGGAGCAACAACGGCUCAGCCGUGAAGUGGUAGGCCACACAAGCUCACAGAGUGGGACUGCCGAGUGCUGAUGCGCAUAAAAAACGUCUGUCCUCGGUUGCAACACUCACUACCAAGUUCCAAACUGCCUCUGGAAGCAAGGUCAACACAAUAACUGUUUGUUAGGAGCUUCAUGAAAUGGAUUUCCAUGGCUGAGCAGCCUCACACAAGCCUAAGAUAACCAUGUGCAAUGCCAAGCGUUGGCUGGAGUGGUGUAAAGCUUGCCGCCAUUGGUCUCAGUGGAAACGCAUUCUCUGGAGAAACGAAUCACGCUUCACCAUCUGGCAGUACCAGCAUGGCAAUGUGCCAGUGCAUAAAGCGAGGUUCAUACAGAAAUGGUUUGUCGAGAUCCGUGUGGAAGAACUUGACUGGCCUGCACAGAGCCAUGACCUCAACCCUAAUGAACACUUUUGGGAUGAAUUGGAAUGCCGACUACGACCGCACUAAUGUUCUUGUGGCUGAAUGGAAGCAAGUCCCCACAGCAAUGCAACAUCUAGUGGAAAGCCUUCCCAGAAGAGUGGAGGCUGUUUGGGCAGCAAAGGGGGACCAACUUCAUAUUAAUGCCCAUGAUUUUUGAAUGAGAUGUUCGAUGAGCAGGUGUCCACAUACUUUCUGGCAUGUAGUGAAUACACUGAACAAAAAAUAUAAACGCAACAUGCAACAAUUUAAAAGCUUUUACUGAGUUACUGUUCAUGUAAGGAAACCAGUCAAUAUGAAUACAUUCAUUAGGCCCUAAUCUAUGGAUUUCACAUGACUGGGUAGGGGCACAGCCAUGGAUGGGCCUGGGAGGGCUUAGGCCUACCAACUUGGGAGCCAGGGCCCAGCCAAUCAGAAUUUAUUUUCCCCACAAAGGGACUUUUGUAGAGACAGAAAUACUCCUCAGACGAUCCGACAUGAACAAGCCUGAUUGUGGAGGUCCUGGGCUGGUGUGGUUACACAUAGUCUGCGGUUGUGAGGCAGGUUGAAUGUACUGCCAAAUUUUCUAAAAAGACAGUGGUAGAGAAAUGGUAGAGCAAUGGACAUUACAUUUUCUGGCAGCAGCUCUGGUGGACAUACCUGCUGUUAGGUUACCAAUUGCACGCCACCUUAAAACUUGAGACAUUUGUGGCAUUGUGUUGUGUGACAAAACUGCACAUUUUAGAGUGGACUUUUAUUGCCCCCAGCACAAGGUGCACCUGUGUAAUGAUAAUUCUGUUCAAUCAUGCACGGAGAUUGGCUGGCCCUGCCUUGGGCGGAUCAAUACAAACAGUAAAUUCUUAUGACUGUCUCAUCUUUCAUGUAUGCCACACCUGUCAGGUGGAUGGAUUAACUUGGCAAAUGAGAAAUGCUCAGUAACAGGGAUGUAAACAAAUGUGUGCACACAAUUUUAUAGGAAUACGCUUUUUUUGUGCGUAUAGAACAUUUCUGGGAUCUUUUAUUUCAGCUCAUGAAACAUGGGAUCAACACUUUACAUGUUGCGUUAUAUUUUUGUUCAAUAUAUAUAAUUAGGGUUUUCAUCUCUCAGUUACACUUAAUUGUGUUUAAAAAAAUAAAAUCAAUAUGAUUUAUAUGGCCCUUUUGGAUGAUGUUGCUCUUUAAUAACUUUGUAAAAUACAGUGCAAUUGGAUGGUUGCAGAUACAUGUAAUGUAUAGUUGAUUCUUCAUGUUCGUUGUUGUCUACUUGGCUUCUAUUGACCGCAUCAUCUUUUAUUGUUCUGAAGAAUGUAGAUAGUUAAUUUUAUUUGAAUGUAGAGGUAUACACACAUUUAAAAACAUAUACUUUUUAUAUAAUUAUUAUGUAAGUAUCCAUAUAACAUUUGAACAAAUUAAAACUUUAUGUGAAGUUGUA